CUGAUCUCAACCUUUCUGUGUGCUUUUCUUCUAGGGAGCUGUUUUCACCAUCUCAGAAAUACCAGCUCCUUGUGUAUCAUGCAGACUCUCUCUUCCAUGACAAAGAGUAUAGAAAUGCUGUAAGUAAGUAUACAAUGGCCUUGCAGCAGAAAAAAGCAUUAAGUAAAACUUCAAAAGUAAGACCUUCUACUGGGAAUGCUGCAUCAACACCCCAAAGCCAGAGCCUGCCAUCUGAAAUUGAAGUGAAAUAUAAAAUGGCUGAAUGUUACACGAUGCUGAAGCAGGAUAAAGAUGCCAUUGCUAUUCUUGAUGGGAUUCCUUCCAGGCAGAGGACCCCAAAGAUCAAUAUGAUGCUGGCAAAUCUGUACAAGAAAGCGGGUCAAGAACGCUCGUCUGUUACAAGCUACAAGGAAGUCCUGAGGCAGUGCCCUUUAGCCCUUGAUGCCAUACUGGGCCUGCUCUCGCUGUCGGUGAAAGGAGCAGAGGUGGCCUCCAUGACCAUCAACGUCAUUCAGAGCAUCCCCAACCUGGACUGGCUCUCUGUGUGGAUCAAGGCCUAUGCAUUUGUGCAUACUGGAGACAACACGAGGGCAAUAAAUACCAUUUGCUCUUUAGAGAAAAAGUCCUUGCUGAGGGAUAAUGUAGACUUGCUGGGGAGCCUGGCAGACCUCUAUUUCAGAGCUGGAGAUAAUAAAAACUCUAUUCUAAAAUUCGAACAAGCACAAAUGUUGGAUCCUUACUUAAUAAAAGGAAUGGAUGUGUAUGGUUACUUGUUGGCACGUGAAGGCCGCCUGGAGGAUGUGGAGAACUUGGGCUGCCGUCUCUUCAAUAUUUCUGAUCAACAUGCAGAACCCUGGGUGGUAUCUGGGUGUCAUAGCUUCUACAGCAAACGAUACUCUCGUGCCUUGUACUUAGGAGCCAAAGCUAUCCAGCUGAACAGCAACAGUGUGCAGGCCCUGCUGCUGAAGGGAGCUGCCCUGAGGAACAUGGGCCGGGUGCAGGAGGCCAUCAUCCACUUCAGGGAGGCCAUCCGCCUGGCGCCCUGCAGGCUGGAUUGCUACGAAGGUCUCAUCGAGUGCUACCUGGCGUCCAACAGCAUCCGUGAGGCUAUGGUCAUGGCAAACAACGUGUACAAAACCCUGGGGGCAAAUGCACAGACACUCACUCUCCUGGCAACAGUCUGCCUGGAAGACCCAGUCACCCAGGAAAAAGCAAAAACAUUACUGGACAAAGCGCUGACGCAACGACCUGAUUACAUUAAAGCUGUGGUAAAGAAAGCAGAGCUCCUCAGCAGAGAACAGAAGUAUGAAGAUGGAAUUGCUUUGCUGAGGAACGCGCUGGCUAACCAGAGCGACUGCGUUCUGCACCGCAUCCUGGGAGACUUCCUGGUAGCUGUCAACGAGUAUCAGGAAGCAAUGGACCAGUACAGCAUUGCCCUGAGUUUGGAUCCAAACGAUCAGAAAUCACUAGAAGGAAUGCAGAAAAUGGAAAAAGAGGAAAGCCCAACGGAUGCAACCCAGGAAGAAGAUGUGGAUGAUAUGGAAGGAAGUGGAGAAGAGGGGGACUUGGAAGGCAGUGACAGUGAGGCAGCUCAGUGGGCAGACCAGGAGCAGUGGUUUGGAAUGCAGUGA